CGAGACGCAGAGAGAUCAGAAGAGAAGAGAGACACGCAGAGAUCAAUCAAGCAAUUAAUCACUUAAUCAACUGAAGAGGUUAAUGUUUUUACACCGACGGUGAAGUUUGAUUUCGCGCUGAAUGGCUCUUCAGUCAGGAUCAUCUCAGGACGCGGUUUAGUGGGGGAUAAAUGAGCUGAGAGCCAGAGACUUGGAGUUUUUAUCAACCUACAAAUUUUUACUGUUAAACUACAACCUUUUAUGAUUAACUGUAUUUUACCUGCAUUAUUAAAUUACAGCUUUUUAUUAUUAAACUGUAAAUUAUUGUUACUGAACUGGAACUUUUUAUUAUUGAACUGCAGCCUUUUGUUACAAAACUUUGAUUUUUUUUUUAAUUACAUCUUUUUCUUUUUACAUGACAACUUUUUUAUUUUUGAACAACAAAAAGUCCAGCAAACUUGGGCUUUAAUUUCGGAACAAAACACCUGGAGUUUUGUAUCAAAAAGAAAAGUACUGGUGGACUCAUAGAGGAGUAAACGUAAGGGGUCCCGUUUGGAGAUGGGUGGUGGGACGCUUACUCUGGCCAUGUUGGUGACUCUCUCACUGGCCGAGGUUGCAGAGGGCAGGAGGCCAAGGGGGGGUCGAACGCACUCGCCGCCCUCCUACCGGGGCAGGAGUGAAGGGCCAGAGAGUUUUCCCCUGGACUUCACACCAGUUGAAGGUAACAUGGACACACUGAUGCAGCAGGUGCAGAACCUGGCCCAGUCUCUGUACCCCUGUUCCACUCGCAGGCUAGACCAGGACAUGAAGCUGCGCUUUCUGGACAACUCCACGGUCACCUGCAACGACGGCUCAUCUGCAGGGUACUACAUAAAGGAGUCUAAAGGAAGCAGGAGGUGGUUGGUGUUCUUGGAGGGUGGAUGGUACUGCUUCAGUAAAGAAAACUGUGACAGCAGGUACGACACCAUGAGGAGGCUGAUGAGCUCCAGCAGGUGGCCCAGCACUCGCACAGGUACAGGCAUUCUGUCUCCUCAGCCGGAGGAAAACCCACACUGGUGGAAUGCAAACAUGGUAUUCAUUCCUUACUGCUCCAGUGAUGUGUGGAGUGGAGCUUCACCAAAAACAGACCAGAAUGAUUAUGCCUUUAUGGGCUCUCUGAUCAUUCAGGAAGUUGUGAAGGAACUUCUGACCAAAGGACUGGACAAUGCUAAAGUCCUUCUGCUGGCAGGGAGCAGUGCUGGUGGUACAGGGGUGCUGCUGAAUGUGGACCAGGUGGCCGAGCUCCUGAAAAGCCGAGGUCACGGAUCAGUUCAGGUCAGAGGCCUGGCUGACUCGGGCUGGUUUCUGGACAAUAAGCAGUAUCGCCGCACAGACUGUGUGGAUACCAUCAGCUGUGCUCCCACAGAGGCCAUCAAACGGGGCAUCAGGUAUUGGGGAGGCGUUGUACCUGAGCAGUGCAGACUGGCUCACACAGGAGAGGAAUGGAAUUGCUUCUUCGGAUAUAAAGUCUUUCCAACACUGAAAAGUCCAGUGUUCGUGGUGCAGUGGUUGUUUGACGAGGCUCAACUGACGGUAGAUAACGUCCAUCUAACGGGUCAGCCAGUACAGGAGGGCCAGUGGCGGUACAUUCAGAACCUGGGCAUUGAGCUCAGGAACACCCUCAAAGACAUCCCGGCAAUGUUUGCACCCGCCUGUUUAUCACAUGAGGUGAUCACAAGAAAUUACUGGAUGGACGUGCAGGUGAAGGGCACGUCUCUGCCCCGUGCACUCCAGUGCUGGGACCGCAGCCUCCACCACAGCCUCCGUAACCAUGGCAACAGCAGCAGCAGCAGCCCCCGCUCUCCACCCCGAGGCUGUCCCCUGCACCUCAUCGACAGCUGCCCCUGGCCCCACUGCAACCCCACCUGUCCCACCAUCCGCGACCAGCUGACGGGACGGGAGAUGAGCGUGAUCCAGUUCCUCACGCAUAUGGGCUUCGACGUGCAGCGCAUGGCACAGCAGCAGGGCCUGGAGCCCAGCAAACUACUGGGCAUGCUCAACAGCGGCACCUGA